AUGGCUUCGAUCCAAGGAGGAGGCGAGAGAGAUCUCGAGAUGGGCGUGAGCAUCGAGCCGCCGUCGCCUUCCCCGUCGCCGUCUCCGCGCGCGCCGGCUUUAGUGGUUUCGAACUCGAACAAAUCGCUGGCGUCCUCGAACUCCGGCAAGGCCCUGGUGGUGUCGACCUCCGGGAAGGCCCUGGUGGUCUCCAACUCCGGCAAGAGGAUCGACCAGUCGGGGAAGAAGAAGUACGUGAAGCAGGUGACGGGACGGCACAACGACACGGAGCUCCACCUGGCGGCGCAGAAGGGCGACGUGGCCGCCGUGCGGCAGAUAUUAGGGGAAAUCAACGAGCAGAUGCUUCAGACCUUGAGAGGAUCGGAUUUCGAUGCCGAGGUUGCCGAAAUUAGGGCAGCUGUCGUGAACGAGGUGAACGAGUUGGGAGAGACCGCCCUUUUCACGGCAGCAGAGAAAGGGUUCAUUGAUGUGGUGAAGGAGCUGUUGCCUUACACCACGAAAGAAGGGAUAAGGUCCAAGAACAAGUCCGGUUUCGACCCGCUGCAUAUUGCCGCCAGUCGAGGCCAUCAGGAAAUUGUCGAGAUACUGUUAGAGCAUGACCCAGGGCUAAGCAAAACAGUUGGCCAAUCAAACGCGACCCCUCUCAUAUCUGCAGCCACAAAAGGACACCUGGCAGUUGUCAAUGUAUUGCUUGCCAAAGACCCGAGCCUGCUCGAGAUACCGAGAUCCAACGGUAAAAACGCGCUGCAUUUAUCUGCCCGGCAGGGCCACGCUGACAUCGUAAAAACACUGCUCGAGAAGGAUCCUCAGCUGGCCAGAAGAAUGGACAAGAAAGGCCAAACGGCUCUCCACAUGGCUGUCAAGGGUGUUAAUUGUGCGGUGGUGAAGUUGCUUCUGCAAGCAGAUGCUGCCAUUGUGAUGCUCCCGGACAAAUUCGGCAACACUGCUUUACACAUAGCUACAAGGAAAAAGCGUUUCGAGAUCGUGAACGAGCUCCUCAUGCUACGCGACACCAACGUGAAUGCCCUGAACCGCGACCACAAGACGGCCCUCGACAUCGCCGAGUCCCUCCCCUUAUCCGAAGAAAUCGUCGACAUCAAGGAAUGCCUCACCCGCUACGGCGCCGUCCGUGCUAACGAGCUCAACCAACCGCGCGACGAGCUCCGCAAGACGGUCUCCGAGAUCAAGAAAGAUGUCCACACCCAACUCGAGCAAGCCCGCAAGACGAACCGCAACGUGAACGGCAUUGCCAAGGAGCUCCGCAAGCUCCACCGCGAGGGCAUCAACAAUGCCACCAACUCCGUCACGGUCGUGGCCGUCCUCUUUGCUACCGUGGCAUUCGCCGCCAUCUUCACCGUACCGGGCGGGGACGACGACCACGGUGUGGCCGUUGUGGUCCACACCUCGCCGUUUAAAGUCUUCUUCAUCUCGAACGCGGUGGCGCUCUUCACCUCACUAGCAGUCGUGGUGGUGCAAAUCACGGUUGUUCGGGGGGAGAUAAGGUCCGAGAGGCGGGUCGUGGAGGUGAUAAACAAAUUGAUGUGGCUUGCGUCGGUUUGCACGACGGUGGCGUUCGUGUCGUCGUCGUAUAUAGUGGUGGGGAGGCACAACCGAUGGGCGGCGGUGCUGGUGACGGUGAUCGGUGGGGUGACGAUGGCGGGGGUCUUGAGCGCGAUGACGUAUUACGUGGUGAAGUCAAGGAGGAUAAGGAGGGUUAGGAAGAGGGAGAAGUUCUCGAGAAGUGGGGGGAGCUCGUGGCACCACUCGGACACGGAUUCCGAGGUGAAUCCUAUAUAUGCCAUAUGA